GGGAUCGAAAUUCUUGGAUAAAAGUAAAAGCGAAACUACCACACCGCGCAUUGACCAGCUGUUGAGGACUGUUACCCUGGACGGUUUGCUUAAUGGCAUCAAAUUCUCCAAACGUGUUGUCGGGUGUUUUGAAGAACUCCACAACCUGGUCUAUCUCGCCAAGCUCCAACGAGAAUUAUGUUCCAAGUCGUGCAUCAUGUGAAUGGACCCAUCAUGUUGUUGAUAAACUAGAUAUUCGUUUUGUGAAAGACGAUAUAUUCAACAUUUUAUCGAGUAGAUGGUGUUUAAUCCGUCUCUCUAGUAAUGCUCUUGCAAAGGUAGAUACAUUAGUAAAUGCUUGUGAUUUUGAAUUCGAUCAUGAAUCUUUGAACGGCAUCCCAGAGAGAAAGGGGACAGUCGAGAAAUUGACCAAAAAAUGGCAUCCGGAUAAAAAUCAGAUGAUGACAUUGAAAGUAAAUGAAGGAGAAGGGAUGAUUAACAUGCACUGGUUGUUUGUAAAGCUGCAUGAAAUUUGCUUCUGCCUACAGGAUAUUAUAACUAAAACACCCAAGAAAAAAAUCUCCGAGUGGAAAUACCAGAUCUUGUUUGAAAAGUUGCUGCAGUUGUUUGGCUUUAAUACUUUGAGCCAGCCAUUCAUUAGUAUGGAGAAAACAUUGAUAAUGGGUCACACAUGUUCAUCCAGAGCAGACAUCAUUUGUUCUCGAUUUGAUAGACAGACAGACACACCAGUUAUCUGUGUAUGUGAGGUCAUUUCGGAGAACGACUCUAUGCCAUAUCCUCCAAUGAAAAAGCAGAAAACUGACACAGAAGACAAAUCAUUGCCUGCACCAUCCCCAAAAUCCUCUAUUGGAGACCACGCGUCAUGGACACAGCAUAUUGGAGAACUAUUGGUUUACCUGCAGAAGUCCUUUCGAUGUGAAGGAAUACUUGGUAUUACAAUUGAUAAAACAUGGGUAAGAUUUACUCAUUUUGAAGUUCCAAAAGUGACUUGGAGAAAAAUGACAGAACGACCUGCUAACAGACCUGGACCUCUGAAGCUAGAUUGGGAAGAACGUCCCGUUUUUUGUUAUAGUGAUCGCUACAAUUACCUCAAUAGAGAAGAUCGCAAGACUAUAUUUAAAGCUCUUAUGACCAUAAGGAAGAUGCAAACUGAAUAUGAAAAGACUCGGUGAAUUGUACAAUAAGAUCAUGUCUAUAACCCUGCAAAAUGAAAUUCCGAAUUCCAGGAAAGUUCAGGGAUUUCAAGGAUUGUACUUUACUGAUUGGCUCAUUCAUUAAAUACAUUUUAUGUACAAAUAAUGAAUAGCUGUACAAGGGCACAUUUGAGUGAAAUACAUUUGCUUGAAUCUUGGCUUAAAGAAACAAAAUCAUGAAGAUUCUUCAUGCCAUGAAUACUGCAAUUAUCUUUAUAAAUAUUCAUAGGCAGGCAUUUUCCUCGGGAAAUUGAUAAUGCAAUAUCAAGAAAAAGUGAUGUGCUCUUUUGAGAAUCAUUGGCUGGUAUAGAAAUUUGACAAUAAAUCCUGUAACAGUGAA